AGUAGUACCGCUAUAUAUGGAAUUUACUUGUAAAUCGAAAGUAUUUAUACAAACAAUCUCGCGUUUAUGUUGUACUGAUACUGAUUGUAUUUAGUGCACAACCAGCGGGAAGCCAUGACAUGACCGUGCGCGGAAUUGAAGCUAUCAAAUUGUAUAUGCCGAGCUCCAAAGGCGACGUCACGACAAACGUACGCGAGGAGAGAGAUCAGACUUUUGAACCUGUGGCUGAGGCUGUUGCAAUGAACUCUGUGGAGCGCUAUAGACAAGAAUGGGAGCAAUUGUUGAGCAAUCUGGAUGACAAUCCAGAAAAGUUACGCCUUGCAGCCUUUAAUGGCGAUUUGAAGAUGUCCAAAUUCCGCAGCAUCAACUGGGCGCUGCUGCUGCGGGUUCUGAAUUCGGAUCAUCGUAGCUGGCACAGUCAGCGACUUCAACAACGAAGCAGAUAUGACAAAUUUCGGAUAGAUUAUGUGUGCAAUCCCCAUGAGCUGGCUGCAUCCUAUGAUGAUGAUCCGCUGUCGCAGUCAACGAAAAGCAUAUGGAAUCAAUACUUUGGUGACCAGGAGCUAUUCGCCGUUAUACGGCAGGAUGUGGUACGAACCUUUCCCGGUGUCGAUUUCUUCCGCAAAGCCCUAAUUCAGAAUGCCAUGACAAACAUACUGUUCUACUAUGCCCGGGAGCAUCCUUACAUGUGCUAUCGCCAGGGUAUGCAUGAGAUAUUGGCCCCCAUUAUAUUUGUAAUCUACAGCGAUCAUCAGUCGCUGCUGCACUUCAGCGAGAUUGCCAAGACUGAUAUAAAUGCAACGUUGUUGACUGUGCUAGACCCUGCUUAUCUGGAGGCAGACACCUACUCGAUUUUUUCGCGACUUAUGUCUUCGGUGGAAUCAUAUUAUCGCGUCUCCAAUCCAUUGUCAAACAAAUCGGAUAGUGAAACUCAGGGCGAUGGCUCGACAUCUCCCUCAUCGUCUUCUGACGACACAAGCAACGAGCAGCCAUCUGAGGUGGAGGUUAUCAGUCAGCUCAAUUUCAUUCGGGAUAAAAUACUUGCCAAACAGGAUCAACACUUGCAUCAUUAUCUACUUAAAAAGGAAAUUCCCUUGCACUUAUUCGGCAUACGAUGGCUUCGUCUACUUUUUGGUCGUGAGUUUAUGCUGCUGGAUUUGCUUCUCCUUUGGGAUGCCAUUUUUGCAGAUAGUGAUCGGUUUGACUUACCCAACUAUAUACUAGUGGCUAUGCUAGUGCAUAUACGUGAUAAAUUGCUUUUAAGUGAUUAUACAACAUCAAUGACUUAUUUAAUGCGUUAUCCUGGCAAUGUGGAUGUCAAUAUGGUGCUCCGCCAUGCUCUUAAUAUGCUGAAUCCCAAACAGUUUGAUUAUCCAGCCAAUGCCUUUACCUGCGUGUCAUUCGCCGAUAGCGUGCCAUCCAGUGGGUCACCAUCAUCAUUGCCGACACAGUCCCAGCCAACUAAAAUGCAGCCCCGCGAGCGCACUAACUCGGAAACGACGACUUCAAGUGCCGCCAGCAGCAGCCAAAUAGAUCGCCAAAUAACCUACAUGCAGACACGAAAUGCCGCUGAUGCCUCGGCAUUGGCCAAACUGCAAGAUGCCCAUCGCGUAGCCAUGGAUGGUUACCUUGAUGAUAGUCCUGAGCUACUUCGAUUGGAACUGAAGAAUGCGCAGACAGUUAUUAAAAUUGCACGGAAUAAGCUGCAAAACUAUUUGGGUACUGUGCGCCAGCAUGUGGCCAAAAAGAGUAAUGAAGAACUAAAUCGUACUCUAGAUAACAUCGAGGAAUUGUGCAGUUUUCUUGACGUUAAAUUCAUGUUUCCGUUGCACACGCGUUCGGCACCAAUUGAUCAGGCGCUGGAGGCCAACGAGCAAAGGCAACAGACACCCAAGAUGUUGGCAUCAGAUAAAACACAGAAAUCCCUUAGCAUGCCCACGGGACAAGCAGUUUCUAGUGGCAGCGGAACUUAUGAGAUGCCCGAGAAUGCCUUUAUGAACAGCUCAACUCGUCGUCUGCUCGGCGAUAGGCGAGAGAUUGAAUUGUCAACCAUUACAAGCGAUGAGAAACCUGGAAUGGUGCUCCAAAAUGGUUUACCUGCGGCAGAGCCGCAACAACGACCUCAAUGAUUAUAAUCACCCAAUUGUAUCGACUGAACACGAAUAUUUUUGUAGCUUAAGUUGUGGAUUCUCCACUAAGUGGGGCUAAAAUACCCAAUAAUGAAAUCCAAUUAAUUAAUCAGUUUUUGAAGUGCUGGAAUAUAUAUCAUAUUUGUAUUUAUAACUAAA